CGAAAUCCUUGAGAAAAUUACCAGUCAACUUUUCCAAUAAUAGGCGCCAAUUUUUAACAUUUUGACGGGUAUUAUAUUUAAGACCAACGGAAAAAUCUUGCUCAAAAUCAUAUAAGUAGGUGUAUCAUAUUCGUAUGUUAUUGUAUUUUCACGCUACGAUGUGACGGCUGAAUUUGUUGGUACACAGAUGAUUCAUCAUGAACGGGUUGAAUUGUAGUGCUUUGAUUUAGUUUACAUUGUUGGAAAUUUGUGUCAACAAUGACUGUGCCAGUAAAAUGUGGUGUGGAGAUGAAAAAGAUUAGCGGCUCUAUACCUUGUACCAAGGAAGAACUUAAUCUCGGAGUUACUUUAAAAGGAGGGCAAAGUUUUCGGUGGACAAUGGAGAAAAAUGGAAAUAAUUACAGAGGUGUUUUCAACAGUUCUGUCUGGACAAUAUCACAAACUAAUGAAAUAUUGACAUACACAAUGCAUGGGUCUUUGCAUAAGGAUGUAAAAUGUCAUCAUGCAUUGAUUAACUACUUUCAAUUGCAUGUACCACUAAAAGAACAUCUCAAAGUUUGGUCUGAAAAAGAUAGUUAUUUCAAAACAUCUUACAACGAAAUCGNUUUUUUUUUUGCGACAAAAGGGGUAGGAAAAACAAAAAUGUAA